UUACACAUGCAGGAGGGCUAUCCAGUCAGCAGUCCGUCUCCACUAGACUCCACGACAUCCGCCUGUUUAUCAUGCAGUGGUAGUGAUCACAGCGGAGGUUCAAAUGCUUCUCGUUUUUCUCUUACACCAGGACUCUUCGCUUUUCAUAAGAAGGGAAACAUGGACUCACAGCUAGGAUAUGCGACUAUCAGCAUUAGAGUGUCUCGUGGAGUUGAUUUACCACCUUCUGAUGUCAAUGGUCUUGCUGACCCUUACUGUACUAUAUCUAUUGGUUCGGACACUAGAAAGACAUCAACAAUUUUGAAAAGUCUUAAUCCUUCUUGGAGUGAUCCAGCAUUUGCAUUUCGUGUUGCUUUACCUUCUCUUGCUUCACGUGGAGGUCUGGGUGUGUCCGACUUACUCUACUAUGUCUUGAUUGAUGUAUGGGACUAUGAUCGCUUAAACCAAGACGAUCUGUUGGGGCGUGUCAUGAUUCCAAUUGCUUCACUAAGAGAUGGCAAACAUGAGGCAUGGCACGAACUUAAGACUACUAGUUUUGCGAAGACCGUAAGCGGCAAAAUUUUGGUGACUAUGAUAGUGAAAUCACAAGAACCUGUUGGAAGAUGGGCUGCAGAUGCAGAAUUAUAUUCAUUUUGUAGUCAGAAACUUUUUCACUUGCCUGUGUUGUUCAAAGAUGGAGUCCAUGAACUGCCUGGAGCAUCUGAGAAUGUGGAAAUGCUUCUGUUUCCUGUUCUAGUUGAAGUUAGUGGAAGACGAGCUUUUGCUAAGGUUUAUCUAACUGAUUACAGGGAUACUGAUGACAUAAAACAGAUCACUUGUGGGACUUUCGUCCAUCAUAUGCGGCUUGUAGAGGACUUGUGUUCACCAUAGAAAGGGACUGUUCGAACGUAAAAACAGAUG